GCACCCUGCCUCCCAAUGGGCCUUUUGGAAACGAGAGGUGGAAUAUCUCCUGGCCUGUUAUCUCUCCAUCCCUGUGAUAAGGGAGAAGGAGGAGGACAGAUAAGUCAUGUGCAACAAGGUGAGAAGUCCUGAUCUUGGCUCCUCCUUUAUUGGCAUGAAGACCAAUCAGGGUCAAAUUUAAAUUGUCUACCUGAAGUAGCCGUCCAGGCCACAGAGUGCCACGGAGGUGUGGAGGAUAGAGUCGGGCAUAGGAGAGAGGGAGAGAAAAAGAGAGGGAGAAAGAGGGAGAGACUGGAAGAAGAGCAGUAGAGAAAGAUAGAAAGGCGUAGAAGUGAUGUGAGAAAUAAAAGUAGCUAAGAUAGAGGGAACAGAAAUAUUGAGAGAGACAGAAGAAAGGGGAGAGGGAUAAAGAGAGAGAAGGCGCUCUGAGAGACAAUCAUUCAGGAAUGAAGUACCCUCCUGCUCCUCUCACUAAGUCCCUGUUGGAUAUGGAUGUUGCUAACUACUGUGAGGGUCUCGACCCCACAUACAGCACGCUGGGCUUCGAGAACGCAGACGUGCUCUAUGGAGGAGGAGACAACAUGCCUGCGGAGGCCAGCCUGGCCCAGAGGGAGGGGGUGAGCUGUAACUGUGCUAUCUGUGGGGACCGAGCCACAGGGAAACACUACGGAGCCUCCAGCUGUGAUGGCUGCAAGGGCUUCUUCAGACGCUCCAUACGCAAGAGCCAUGUGUACACCUGCAGGUUUAAUCGCCAGUGUGUGGUGGACAAGGACAAGAGGAACCAGUGUCGCUUCUGUCGACUCCACAAGUGCUUCAGGGCCGGGAUGAAGAAAGAAGCGGUUCAGAAUGAGAGAGAUCGUAUCAGUUCCCGCAGAAGCACCCAGGACUCACAAGACCUCCCCCCCAUCACUGUCCUGGCACAGGCUGAGUCCCUCUCACAACAGAUCAAUGCAGUGGGUGUGGCGGGGGGUCCGGGGGAUGUGGAGCAGAGAGCAGCCAGUGUUGGGGACGUGUGUGACUCCAUGAGGCAGCAGCUUCUGGUGCUGGUGGAGUGGGCCAAGUACAUCCCUGCCUUCGGAGAGCUGCCUCUGGAUGACCAGGUCAGCCUGCUGAGGGCUCAUGCAGGUGAACACCUUCUACUUGGGGUCGCCAAGAGGUCGAUGCCUUUCAAGGACUUCCUGCUUUUGGGCAGUGGCUGUGUGAUCCAGCGGGGCUGUGCAGAGCCGGAGCUGAGCCGGGUGGCAGGGCGUGUGCUGGACGAGCUGGUGCUGCCCUUCCAGGACAUCCAGAUCGACGCCAACGAGUACGCUGCCCUCAAGGCCAUCGUCUUCUUCGACCCUGACGCUAAAUCUCUGCGGGACCCGUCUAAGAUCAAGGCGAUGCGGCAGCAGGUCCAGAUGAGCCUGGAGGACUACAUUAACGACCGUCAGUACGACUCCCGCGGGCGCUUCGGGGAGCUGCUGCUCCUGCUUCCUACCCUGCAGAGCAUCACCUGGCAGAUGAUCGAACAGCUGCAGUUCGUCAAGCUCUGCGGCCUGGCCAAGAUAGACAACCUGCUGCAGGAGAUGCUACUGGGAGGCCUGGCGUCCGAUCCCGCCCACCUGCACCACCCAUCUCACACCCAGCUGAGCCACGACCCUCACACUGGACACACACUGGUCAUCAGCGCCAUGCCAGCCACACACACUCCUCAGAUAGCCUCUCCUGACACGCCCAUCCCCUCUCCUCCUUUGGCGUCUGGUCCAGAAGGCUUCAAGACCUCCACAAGCCCCUCCCACCUCAUCCUAGCCCCGCCCCCACCCCACAGACACACCCCCGAGCCACCUCUUUGAUCCUAACCACACCCUCCCCAUCUCUCUACCCCUCUC